UCGAUACGAUUCAUAUGAUGUGUAGAACAGGUUCCUCGGGUUUGGGCAAUGUUUGCUUUCUUGUCAGACGUACCCAUCGAGAACUCAAAUGUCCUGGAGCUUUCCGGUCAUUGGCCACAGUCUCAUCGAGGACCCCAGCUUCAAAGAUCCCACUGAGUCGAUAUGACCCAGACUCAUUCAUAGACUACCAAUCACUGGACACGAAUAUUAAUGCUAUUCGUGACAGCCUACGACGUCCCUUGACAUACGCCGAAAAGGUUCUUUACUCGCAUAUCGACAAUGCAGAUGAAGCAGACAUUCGACGCGGAAAUUCAUACGUGAAACUUCGACCUACGAGAGUAGCUUUGCAGGAUGCCACAGGCUCAAUGGCUCUCAUUCAAUUCAUGUCAGCGAGUAUCGACACUGUCGCUGUUCCCACAAGCGUGCAUUGUGACCAUCAAGUUGUGGCAAAAGAAGGCCGCGAUACGGAUGUUGCUACUUCUAAUCAGGUUAACGGAGAAGUGUAUGACUUUCUGAAAAGUGUUUGUGCGAAAUAUAGUGCUGGGUUUUGGAAACCUGGAGCGGGCAUCAUUCAUCAGACUGUUCUUGAGAAUUAUGCUUACCCUGGUGGCUUGAUGAUUGGGACCGACUCUCAUACCCCUAAUGCUGGCGGUCUUGCGAUGGCUGCCAUUGGUGUGGGAGGAGCAGAUGCUGUUGAUGUUAUGGCGGGGCUCGCUUGGGAGAUCAAAGCACCAAAGGUCAUUGGCGUCCACCUCACUGGCUCGCUAUCUAGAUGGGCUUCUCCGAAGGAUGUGAUCUUGAAGCUAGCAGGUGAAUUGACAGUCAGGGGUGGGACUGGCUCCAUUAUUGAGUAUUUUGGUCCUGGAAUAAACAGUCUCAGUUGUACAGGUAUGGCCACAAUAUGCAAUAUGGGAGCAGAGACAGGCGCAACCACCUCAAUCUUUCCCUACACAAACCAGAUGGGACGCUAUCUUGAUGCCACCGGUCGGUCACACAUUCGACGAGCUUCAGAAAGUAGAGCAAAUAGACUUGCGGCCGAUCCUGGAGCUGAGUACGAUCGAGUCAUCAGUAUCGAUCUGUCUUCACUAGAGCCACACAUCAAUGGCCCAUUGACACCUGAUCUAGCUACACCGAACUCUAAAUUCAAAGAACUGGUUGGAAAGAAUGAUUGGCCCCGCAAGCUUAGUGCAGCUCUAAUCGGAUCCUGCACGAACUCAUCCUUUCAAGACAUGAGUAGGGCCGCUGACUUGACAAGGCAAGCACUCGAUGCUGGGCUUAAACCUGCAGUGCCACUGCUCCUGUCACCUGGCAGUGAGCAGACUCGUCUGACUCUUGACCAAGCUGGAGUUCUUGAGACUUUCGAUCAAGCAGGUGCAACGGUUCUUGCAAAUGCUUGUGGGCCAUGUUGUGGAUCCUGGGAGCGAACAGAUGUGAAGAAAGGAACUCCAAAUUCUGUUGUCUCGUCGUACAAUAGGAACUUCACAGGCCGACUAGAUGCAAAUCCUGCGACUUCGAUUUUCCUCACGUCCCCAGAAAUGGUUUUGGUUAAAGCAUUUGGAGGGCGUAUCGACUUCGAUCCGGUCACUGACUCGAUCACGGCUCCAGAUGGAAAGGAUUUCAAGUUCCAGCCACCAAUCUCUGACAUUCUUCCAGAAAAUGGUUUCCAGAAUGCUGAUUAUGUGUAUACACCACCACCGUCUGAAAGGUCGGAUCUCACAGUGGACAUUGACCCCGCUUCGACUCGCUUGCAGCGACUCUCGCCAUUUCCAGCUUGGAACAAUGAAGAUUUUGUGGAUAUGCCAAUAUUGAUCAAAGUGGUGGGAAAGUGUACUACAGAUCACAUCACACCUUCGGGGAAAUGGUUUGCAUGGCGUGGGCACCUCGAGAACAUAUCAAACAACACACUCAUUGGUGCAACAAACGCAGCAAACAAGUCCAUCAACAGUGUUAAAAAUGUCUUCACUGGCACCUAUAACACAGUCCCAGAAACGGCACGACAUUACAAAGCCAGGAACCAAGAUUGGGUCAUUGUCGGAGACUCGAAUUACGGCGAAGGCUCAUCUAGAGAGCAUGCCGCUCUUCAGCCUCGAUAUUUGAAUGGUAAAGCAGUCGUCGCAAAAUCAUUUGCUAGGAUUCACGAAUCGAAUCUCAAGAAACAGGGCAUGUUGCCUCUCACAUUCUCUUCCGAGGCAGAUUACGAUAGGAUCGAGGAAGAUGAUCGGAUUAGCCUUGUUGAUUUGAAGAACCUUUCUUCGGGUCGCCAGGUCGACAUGGUUGUGAAAAAGGAGAGUGGAGAGAAGUGGAGGACGAAGUUGCAUCACACUUUCAAUAAGGAACAGAUUGAGUAUUUCAAGGCCGGGAGUGCACUCAAUUUGAUGGGCAAGAUGAAGAGAGGGGAGUUUGCUACAACGUAGCCUACACCAUAGUUCGCGGUGUUUUAUGAAGCUUUGGAGUUUGGUUACUUGCAAUAUUUUAUCGGAAAGCAUAUUUCCUUCAAUCAUGGUCUCCUACUGCUCAUCCGCAUGAAAGCAAGAGGGUGGAAGAACACAGCAACUUGGACAAUCCCUCCAUGGUAUCUGAAGAAGGGAAGGAUAUGACCGGG